AUGGUCCCUCUCUUCAUAGAGAGCCCCACUAUGGACCAGCUGCAGCAGAAGAUCAUCUGCCCCGGGCCCGUGACCUGCCUGACGGCCUCUCCCAACGGGCUCUACAUCCUGGCAGGAGUCGCCGAGAGCAUCUACCUGUGGGAGGUAUCCAAUGGGAACCUCCUCGCCAUCCUGAACCGACACUACCAGGACCUCACGUGCCUCUGCUUCACCGACGACAGCAGCCACUUCCUCUCGGGGGCCAAGGACUGCCUGGCCCUGGUGUGGAACCUCUACAAUGUCCUGCAGGCAGAGCCCUCCCAGAUCCCCGACCCCCGGCACGUCUGGUCCCGGCACAGCCUCCCCAUCACCGACCUGUGCUGCGGCUUUGGAGGGCCCCUGGCACGGGCUGCCACCGCUUCCCUCGACCAGACAGCCAAGCUCUGGGAAAUCUCGUCUGGGGAGCUCCUGCUUUCUGUGCUCUUUGACGUGGGGAUCAUGGCUGUGACUCUGGACCUCUCAGAGUACCACAUGUUCUGUGGUGGCAUGGAUGGGUCCAUCUUCCAGGUUGAUCUUUGUGCUUGGCCAGUCCAGAGAGACCGGACCUUCCAGACGGAGCGGGAGAACGGGAAGGUCUUCAAAGGGCACAGGAACCAGGUGACGUGUCUGUCUGUCUCCACGGACGGCAGCCUCCUGCUCUCGGGCUCUCACGACGAAACCGUCCGGCUGUGGGACAUCCAGAGCAAGCAGUGCCUGAAGACCAUGAAUCACAAAGGUAGGAAUGUCCUUAUCUCCAGGAUCCUUGCUGCCAGAGGCCACUGCUGUCUCACCUGUGCUGCCCUGGGCACUGCAGGGGUGUCUCUGCCCCGGGAAGGGCAGAGGUUGGAGGAGCCUCGGCUGUCUGGAGCGAUGCCUCGUCUGGGAUUUCACAGUCAGGAGCCCGGGCAGAGCUACCUGGAGAAGGCAGAGAGGAUGUACUCGCAGAUGUACUUGACGAGGGAAAAGAACCUGGUGGGAGACCAGGAGCACCUGACGAUCCAGGUGAGCGAGCUGGAGGAGGAGGUGAGCAACCUCCGGAAAAUCAACAAGGACCUCUUUAACUUCUCCGCUCGCAUCAUCACCAAUCCAGCCAAGUGA